ACCGCGUCCCGGGGCGGCGCGGGGCGCGGGAGCCGCCUGCGCGAUGCUGCCGUCCAAACCUGCUGGUUCCGCGCCAGAAAAGCGAGAGGGGGGAAAAAAAUAAAAAGAGAGAAUCUUUUUUUUUUUUUUUUUAUCCCUUUUCCGCAGUCAUCUCCUCGUCCAAACUUCCUGAGCGCGGCUCCGGCCCUCCCUCCGCUUCCGACGGCCGCGCGGCGCCUCCGGCGAGCCCAGGGCGGGCGGGCGGGUGCCCGGCGCGGCCCCGCGGCCAGGAUGGCGCUGCGGGCCGCGGCGCUGGCGCUGCACGCCUGUCUGCUGGCCGCUCUGCACCCCAGUGACCCCAACGUCUGCAGCUACUGGGAGAGCUUCACGGCGGCGGUGAAGGAGUCCUACGCCAAGCCGCACGUCGUGCUCUCCACGGAGCCCUGUGCUGGGGCGCUGGGCUUCCCCCAGCUCUGCCCGCAGCAAAGGAUCGCGUACCGCACGGCGUACCGGCAGGCAGUGCGCACCGACUACCGGCGGCGGUACCAGUGCUGCCUGGGCUACUACGAGAGCAGGGACGCCUGCGUCCCCCGCUGCACCCACGAGUGCGUCCACGGCCGCUGCGUGGCUCCCGACCGCUGCCAGUGCGAGCCGGGCUGGAGGGGCGCCGACUGCUCCAGCCAGUGCGAGGAGCGGCGGUGGGGCCGCGGCUGCGAGCAGCGCUGCGCCUGCCACCACGGGGCCCCCUGCGACCCGCUGAGCGGGGCCUGCGCCUGCCCCCCCGGCUUCGCCGACCCGCUGUGCCGCCAGCCCUGCCCGCCCGGCGCCUACGGCCCCGGCUGCCGCCUGCCCUGCGCCUGCCGCGGUGCCGCCUGCGACGCCGCCACCGGCGCCUGCCUCUGCCCGCCGCAGCUCGCCGGCCCCGCCUGCGAGGUGCCCUGCCCCAACGGCACCCACGAGACGCCCUGCCCCAGCGCCUGCCCCUGCCAGCACGGGGGCAUCUGCCACCCGCCGGGCUCCAGCACCUGCCUCUGCCCCCACGGCUGGAUGGGGGAGAUCUGCUCCAUGCCGUGCCCCCCCGGGCGCUUCGGGCCCGGCUGCCGGGGCGAAUGCCGCUGCCACAACGGCGGGAGCUGCGACCCCCUGGGCGGGCAGUGCCAGUGCGCACCGGGCUUCACCGGGGAGCAGUGCCGGGAGCGGUGCCCCGUGGGGAAGUACGGGCAGGACUGCCGGGAGAGCUGCGACUGCGCCAACGGGGGCCAGUGCUUCCACGUGGACGGCGCCUGCCUGUGCGAGGCCGGCUUCCUGGGGGGCCGCUGCGAGGAGCGCCGCUGCCUGGAGGGGCUCUACGGGCUGCGCUGCGAGCACCGCUGCCUCUGCCACCCCCAGCACAGCCAGAGCUGCCACCCGCUGCUGGGCGAGUGCCUCUGCCGCCCGGGCUGGGCCGGGCUCUUCUGCAACGAGAGCUGCCCGGCGGGCUCCUCCGGGGCCGGCUGCCUGCAGCCCUGCCUCUGCCUCAACGGCGGCACCUGCGACGGCGCCACGGGCCGCUGCCGCUGCGCCCCCGGCUACACGGACGAGCACUGCUCCUCCCUGUGCCCCGCCGACACCUUCGGGCCCGGCUGCGCGGGGCGCUGCUCCUGCCGCAACGCCGUGGCCUGCUCCCCCCUCGAUGGCACCUGCCUCUGCAAGGAAGGCUGGCGCGGCCCCGACUGCUCCGAGCCCUGUGCCGCCGGCUGGCGCGGCCCCCAGUGCCGCCAGCCCUGCCUGAACGGCACCUUCGGCCCCGGGUGCAGCCAGCGAUGCUCCUGCGCCCACGCGGCCGGCUGCGACGCCGUCACCGGCGCCUGCCACUGCCUGCCGGGAUGGACGGGGCCGCGGUGCGAGCGGAGCUGUGAGCCGGGCUCCUGGGGCCCGGGCUGCAGCCAGCCCUGCGCCUGCCGCAACGGAGCCGCCUGCUCGCCCCAGGACGGGUCGUGCGCCUGCGCCCCGGGCUACCGCGGCCCCGCGUGCCAGCGCCCCUGCCCGCCGGGGCGCUACGGGAAGCAGUGCGCGCUGGCCUGCGCCUGCGCCGACCGCUCCGCCUGCCACCCCGUCGACGGCUCCUGCCGCUGCCCCCCCGGCCGGACCGGCCGCGACUGCUCCCGGCCCUGCCCCCCCGGCACCUUCGGGCUCCAGUGCGAGCAGCUCUGCCAGUGCCCCCCCAACGCCACGUGCCACCCGGCCAGCGGGACCUGCCAGUGCGCCCCGGGCAGGAUGGGGCCCCGCUGCGAGCAAGCGAGCCCGGAGCAGCCCUACACCAUCGUGCCGGCCCCGCCGGCGGCCGCCAGCUCCCUGGGGCUGGUGCUCGGCCUGGUGGCCCUGGCCGCCUUGCUGGUGGCCACGGUGGCCGCGGCCGCCUGCUACCGCCUCCGGCAGAGGGGCAAGCAGAGCCGGCACCUGGCGGUGGCCUACGCGGCGGGGCGGCCCGACGCCUCCGAGUACGUGGUGCCAGACGUGCCGCCGGCCCCCGCGCACUAUUACUCCAACCCCAGCUACCACACGCUGUCCCAGUGCACGCUGCCCGCCCCGGACGGCGUCGCAUCCCGCCAGCGCUUCGCCAGUGCGGAGAGGCCCUACGGCCCCGAAGGCAACGCCACGCUGCCGCCGGACUGGAAGCACCACGAGGCACCGGCGCCGGGAUGGAGGGGGGGAGGGCACCUGGACCGGAGCUACAGCUACAGCUACGCCUGCAGCCUGGGGAAGUACUACGGCAAAGAGGCUGCGGCCGAGGGCCUGGGCGCCAGCGGCAGCUCCCUGGCCAGCGAGAACCCCUACGCCACCAUCAAGGACCUGCCCACGCUCGCGCCCAAGUGCCCCGAGGGCAGCUACAUGGAGAUGAAAUCCCCCGUCCGGCGGGAGACGUCCUAUGCCGAGAUCGGCCGCCUCGAGCCGGCGCCCGGCAGCACCGAGGAAGAGAUCUGCCCCGAGGGGGCAGAAGGUGCCGCCCCCGAGGUCGCCCCCAGCCACUACGACUCCCCCAAGAACAGCCACAUCCCCAGCCACUACGACGUGCCGCCCGCCCGCCACUACCCGCCGUCGCCGCCGCUGCGGAGGAAGGACCGCUGAGGGGCCCCGGCGUCCGAGCGGCUGCCCACGGAGCGGUGCCGUGCCGCGGGGGCCGGGGAGCGGGGGCCGGCGGGGGCCCCCCCGUGCCGGAUUCGGGGCCGUGCGGGGGCCGGGGCGCCCCGGCGGGGCUCGGCCCCCCAGGACCUGCCCCACGGCGCCGGGCGCCGGCUGUAAAUAAAGGUGGUUGUUGGUGUCGCGUGAA